AUGGCACGGGCCGCCGGGUUUCGUGGCGCGGUCCUGCGCGUCCUCCUGCUCCCGCUGCUGCUGUUGCUGCUCCCGCCGCCGCCGCUGCUGGCCCGGGCCCCGCAGCCCCUGGAUGCACACCGCCGCCACCCUCUGAGGAAGGGGUCACAGCCCUGGCAUGAAGCCGCUUCCGGCAGCCUGGCACCUGCCCCUACUGCCCAGGAGAGUCCCCGGCCUGCCAGCAGUCCCAGACCCCCCCGCUGCGGUGUGCCUGACCCGCCUGAUGGGUUGAGCGCCCGCAACCGACAAAAGCGGUUCGUGCUGUCAGGCGGGCGCUGGGAAAAAACGGACCUCACCUACAGGAUCCUCCGGUUCCCAUGGCAGCUGGUGCGGGAGCAGGUGCGGCAGACGGUAGCAGAGGCCCUGCAGGUGUGGAGCGAGGUGACACCACUCACCUUCACCGAGGUGCAUGAGGGCCACGCUGACAUCACAAUCGACUUCACCAGGUACUGGCAUGGGGACAACCUGCCAUUUGAUGGGCCCGGGGGAAUCCUGGCUCAUGCCUUUUUCCCCAAGACCCACCGAGAAGGAGAUGUCCACUUCGACUACGACGAGACCUGGACUAUCGGGAACAAUCAGGGCACAGACCUCCUGCAGGUGGCAGCCCAUGAAUUUGGCCAUGUGCUGGGGCUGCAGCACACGACGGCUGCUAAGGCACUUAUGUCCCCCUUCUACACCUUCCGCUAUCCGCUGAGCCUCAGUCCAGAUGACCGCAGGGGCAUUCAGCACCUCUACGGGCGACCACGGCCAGCCCCCACCUCCAGGCCCCCAGCUGUGGGCCCCCAGGCUGGGGUGGACACCAACGAGAUUGCCCCACUGGAGACGGAAGCCCCGCCGGAUGCCUGCGAGGCCACCUUUGAUGCGGUCUCUACCAUCCGUGGCGAGCUCUUCUUCUUCAAGGCGGGCUUUGUGUGGCGGCUGCGUGGGGGCCGGCUGCAGCCUGGCUACCCGGCCCUGGCUUCUCGCCACUGGCAGGGACUGCCCAGCCCCGUGGAUGCAGCCUUUGAAGAUGCCCAGGGCCACAUCUGGUUCUUCCAAGGUGCUCAAUACUGGGUGUACAACGGUGAGAAGCCAGUCUUGGGCCCUGCACCCAUCUCUGAGCUGGGCCUGCUGGGGUCACCCAUCCAGGCCGCCUUGGCCUGGGGCCCUGAGAAGAACAAGAUCUACUUCUUCGGUGGCGGAGACUACUGGCGCUUCCACCUCAGCACCGGCCGGGUAGACAGCCCUGUGCCCCGCAGGGCCACUGACUGGCGAGGGGUGCCCCCAGAGAUCGACGCCGCCUUCCGGGAUGCUGAUGGCUAUGCCUACUUUCUACGUGGUCGCCUCUAUUGGAAGUUCGACCCUGUGAAGGUGAAGGCCUUGGAGGGCUUCCCCCGCCUCGUGGGCCCUGACUUCUUCGGCUGUACCGAGCCUGCCAACACUUUCCGCUAACCUCGACUUCAAUGCUCUCAGGGCUCCUGACCCCUGCCAGACCACUGGUCUGGGGUAGAGACCAGUGGCCAUCUUUGUGGCUGUGGGUACAGGCACAGGAUGGAACCCGUGUUUCCUCAGGGGGGCUGGGGGUGCAGGGAGGGCCAUGCAGGUCAUGGUCACCUGCCAGCAACUGUCUCAGACUGGGCAAGGAGACUCUGGUGUUACUUGAGGGUGACAGUGGUCUUGGGCCAGCCCCACCCAACCUGUGCAGGUCACAUUCAAACCCUGCUGCCCUCAGUCUCCAUCCCUGUCCCUCAGGUUAGCACCUCAGCAGGGCUGGGGAGCUGAAGCCCUCAUUCUGUCCCUGCUGUGAGGUCCCUGCAGGGUGCUGGCAUGUGGUGGGGGAGCAUUCUGCCUUUUCCUGAGAGGUCAGCUCUGGGUAGGUGUUUGGAACUGGCUGCCUUCUAGCUGAUGAUCCUAGUGAUGUGUUCCCCAGGAUCCAGGUCAAAAGGUCCAGAGUCAGCUUGGGGCGGGGUGGGGGUGUUUCCUGCUGGAGACCCUGGGCCCCGGAAGCCCCAACAUACCUCAAUCCUGGCUUGGGCUAGAUCCUUCCCAGCCCUCAUUCCAGCACUGGGACCCUCUGAAGUCAUGUAAAUGUGUGUACAGCGUGUACAAAGCCUUUUUUUUCUUUUUCUACUGAGUACUGUUAUUAAAUAUGGUUAUUUUCUA